GCCGCGCGGCCGAGCGGGCGCGGGAGCCGGGCCGCGGCCGCCCGCUGAGCCCCCCGGACCCGCUGUCCGCAGCCGCGGGAGCCGCUCCCCUCCUCCUCCUCCUCUUCCCCCGGCAGCCCCGGGCACGGCCAUGAGGCGCGCGGGGCUGGGCGAUGGAGGACCUACUGGAAACUAUGGCUAUACCAAUAGUGGAUACAGUGUAUAUGAAGAAGAAAAUGAAAGGUUAACAGAAAGUCUGCGCACAAAAGUCAGUGCCAUUAAAUCACUUUCCAUUGAAAUUGGAACGGAAGUAAAAAAUCAAAAUAAAAUGUUAUCAGAGAUGGAUAAUGACUUUGACUCUGCGGGUGGACUUCUAGGUGCAACUAUGGGCAGACUGAGAAUGCUUUCCAGAGGGAGCCAGACAAAACUAUUAUGCUACAUGAUGCUCUUCGCAUUGUUUGUUUUUUUUGUAAUAUACUGGAUUAUUAAACUAAGGUGAUGAAAGUUA